UUUCCCCCGCAAAUUAACCAAACAGGGAAGAACAAAAGGACGUGUGUUUGGAAGUGAGAACCGCAUAGAAGCUAAUUGCCAAAUGAGGAUAGACAAGUCCAGAUAACAAGGAGAGACACGCGCAGCCGGCAAACAGAAUUGAGAAAUCCUUGUAUAAGCCGGAGAGACCACCCACGAGGCAACCAAAGAUAUUGAAGACGAACGAAGAAGAAGAAGGAACAUGGAGUCUCAGUCUCAGACUCUCAGGUUCCCCUAACUCCAUGUUACUUACUCCUCUUCUAUCAAUUCAAACCUUACCCACUGAAAACUUAUGGGAAGUCACGCCUGAAGGCAACUCAGUAGACGUGUCCUGCAAAUGUGGAGAGGGUUGGACGUGUGUUGUAACCAAGACCUCAGGUCCUGAUGCCGGCAAAUCCAUUGAAUGUGGUGAAAAUUGCUCCCCGACGAUCGAGGGGGAAAAGGUGUGCAAAGAGGAGUUGAAGGAGGCUGGUGAUACAGCGUGCUGCAAAUGUGGUGAAGGUUGGAGCUGUGUCAUUUCCAGAGACUGAACUCAAUGUAAUGCUCUGCCCCAUGCACCACUUUACUCUGUUGAUGCCAAAUAAACUCCGUUCAUAUACAUAAUAAACGAUUUGUAUUAUUACCUCUUGUCAUGGUGUGGUUUAUGUAAUAUGCUUUCUCCUCAUGAUUGUUCUCUUUUGUCCUUCCUUGAUAAAAAUUUUCAGUCAAUAAUUUCAAUGGAUUUUGUUGUA